AUGACGACGGCUACUGCUACUCAGACCAACGCGCCGGAGCUCGCGCCGUACGAUCACGCCUCUGAGGCUCACUUCACGCACCCGCCGAAUCCGGAGUGGUCGUUUGGGCAGCCGGUGGAUGCGACGCCCGAGGGGAAGGCUUGGAUGGAGGGAGUGAAGGAAGGCUGGAAGGUCGUCGAUGCCGAGACGGAGGAUCCUGUCACGAUGUACAAGUUGAUGAUCAGUGGUGUCGUACCGCGACCGAUUGCAUUCGUGUCGAGCGUGUCUGCGGACGGCAAUGAGAACCUAGCACCAUUCAGCUGGUAUAACAUGGUCACUGGGAGUCCGCCACUGGUGUCCAUCGGUAUUAUUCACCACCCGAACGCGUCUCGGGGUCUGAAGGACACCGCCGCAAAUAUCCUCGCCACGAAGGGUUUCACCGUCAACCUGAUCAGCGAGCCCUUCGUGCACAACGCGAACGCAUGCAGCGUCGACGCACCCACCGACGUGAGCGAGUGGGACCUCAGCGGCCUGACCCGAGCGAAAUCCGUCCACGUCUCCGCCCCGCGCGUGCUCGAGUCCGCCUUCGCGCUCGAGUGCACGCUCUUCUCGAGCCAGGAGAUCACGCACCCCGCGACGGGCACCGUCACGACGACGCUCGUGCUCGGGCUCGUCAAGGCCGUGCACAUCCGGCGGGACAUGCUCACCUCGCGCGGGCUCGUCGAUCCCACGAAGCUGCGGGCGGUAGGCAAGAUGGGCGACAUCACGUACGCGCGCCAGGGCGCGAUGUUCCGUAUACCGUGCCCGGACUGGACGCCGGAGAUGCUGCGCGAAGCGGCGUUCCACCCCGCGGUGGUGAAGAGGAGGAGCGAGGACGGGGCGGGCCCGGAGACGAAGAGCGCGUGA